AUGCUUUUCCUUUUUGCACCCCUGGCUCUUAAGGUUUUGACUCCCGCUCCGCCCAGGUCUUCGCCUUCAUCCGCGGAGCUUGCCGCUCAGAGUGCUUGCUGGGAAGUUUGGUGUUGGAAGGGUUUGUCGGGCGAGUGUGCUGCCUCCCCUCCCACCUGUAAGACUAGAGUGCCCCGUGCUCCCGAGCCCUUCCCGGGAGCCCCGGCCCCCCGCUUGCAGGUUCUCUUCGCAUCGGCGGCGGCUUCUUCCGCGACUUCCCGUCGCCUGGGCCCUGGGCCACUUUGCUUCUUGUGUGAGCCUGCCGUUGUACUGCCGAACCCUUGCAGCACCGUUUGUGCACAAGCUUUAGCUUUCGGGUUGUGUGUUUGGGGCGACAUGGAGGCGGCUCUUGCCGAAGCGCGUUGCGCGGCCGUGUCACUGGUGCUCGACUUUUCGUACGGUGGGUCCUCAAUCUCUGGGUUUCGCAUCUUCGAGGACCGCGGUCGCAGAGGAUGCUGGAGGCAGAUGAAGCGGCUCUGCUCGGAGUCGAGUCAGGCCACACACUUCCUGGAGAUGGCCGGAGCUACUUUGGGCGCCGGCUCUCUGGACUUCUUCCGCAGUCAGCCUCGCCGUCCGAAGGAGCAGCGUGUCUUUGACGCCGUGCAGCGCGUCAGGGAGUUGCUGGCAGCCGCUCCGCCGCCUCGCGCGAGCUCGCCGGUCGUGGAAGCCGGGUUGCUGGCUGUGGAGCUGGUGCUGGAUCCCCUGGCCUCGGAGGAAGCUCGCCUCGGCUUGCAUGUUUGGCCAGGCUCGUCCCCGACCCAGGCGUACCGGAAGAUGAUGAAGCUUUGUCAUCCGGACAAGCUGCCGAAUUGCGCAAAAGCCGCCAGCGCCGCCAUCGAGCUAUCGAGCCUGUCGGAAGCCGUCCAGGGCGAGCGCGAUGACUUUCGAGGUGCGCCUCUCACACUGGCCGAGACUCGGCUCAUUGAAGCCGUGCGGCGAGCGGAGUCGAUUCUCUUCACGACCGCCGCGGUGCUGGUCCUCCAGUCGAGGCCCCUGCUGCAUCGACUUCGGCCCCACCGCCUCAUCAUGAGGAAGCUGAUCAGGCCGGACAUCGGAGCCAUUAAGAGGGUGAUGUACAUCAAGUCCCGCCAGGCUGCGGAUCCCGGUGCCCCGCGAGCUCCAGAGCCGGCUGCAGCUUCGGCCCCACCAGGCCCGGACCCUGAGGACGACGGGGACGACGACAUGGGGGAUGAGGGCGACCCGGAGCCCGGCUGUGAGGACGGCAAGAUGACGGGAUGGUUGCACUACGAGCCGGUGAAUGCUGCGGAGCUCGACAGGGCCUUGAACUCCGACGCAGUUCGGCGCUUUACGGAGUUCAACCUCUUCGACAGCCUCCUGAGCCUGCGCCGCCGCCUGGUGAAGAUCCGCAACGGGGUCGGCCUGCUGCCGGUGUGGCAGCGUGAGAGCCGGCAUCCGCCGGGAAUGCCGGGCCGCGUCUUCUGCGGCAUCGGGUGUCUGCCGCGACCCGAGGAGGUGGGCGGUAAGCGCAAAGCCGACGAGGAGAAACGCGAGGAGUUCAAGGCCGCGCGGGCCGCGCUCAUCGCCCAGCUGCCGAAGGCGAUCCAGCGGGAGAUCCUUGUGCUGGAGCUGCCGGACGCUUUGGUGGGCCCGAGCGCCUUCUCGUACCCCAGGCUCGUCAAGUACUUCUGCAGGCACGCCCUUGAUGUGGUCGAGGUGGAUUUGGUCAACAGUUUCUACCAGCUGCUCUCCAAGGAGUUUGAGCUCCCGGAGGCUCUGAGGGAUUACGUGACCCACAGGGAGGCGACCCUCCAGUUGCUUGUGUCGGGCCUCAACUCUGUCAAGGCCGACUACGAGAACAAGGCCGCGAAGGAGGCGCGUCGGCGGGCUGCCAAAGCUGAGGACCGGAGGCCGUGGUCCGAGGAGGACGAGCCGUCCCGGCCCAGCAAGCCUCUGACCCGCCAGGAUGCCAAGGGGCUGCUUAUCGCCAUGGGCUUCGGCAUGUCGGCGAGCAAUUGGUGCUCGAAGCACCUGGGCUUCGUUCCCAGGAGUGCGGAGUACGACCCCCUGCUGGACCUUCUGGCCUCCAUCGAGAAGGCUGUGGGUGGCGUGCUCAUCAAGUGCCGGUACGCCUCCCUGGAGCGGCGGGCGCUGGAGGCCUUCAAGCGGGCUGCCGGGGAGGACCUGGCGGCUCUGGAGCACGACGGAGUUGCGGUGGCGCGGGAGAGCGCCGAUGCGGUGGUCGUCGCGGCCGCGGAGCUGGGCCUGGAGGUGGACGUCAAGGAGACCCCGGAUCCCCUUCAGUACGCGGCUGAGGAGCACCCGGAGUUCAACUGGAGCCUCCAGGCGAAGCGGCCCUACCGGGAGUUUGCGGAGGUGCGGGACGCCUGCCUGGUCCACAUCUCCCUGCGCCGCGUGCGCCCCAACGGCUCCGACUUCGCGGACUUCGUGGCAUCCCUCCUGGCUCCCGUGGUCAACGUGCCGCACGAGGACGGGGAGAAGCGCACCACCUUUGAGUUCUUCGAUGGCAGAGGCUUCUGGGUGCCCAAGCACAAGGACGACAUGGGGGCGCUCAUCCGCAUGAGCUUGAAGAACCUCUCGCGGCCCGCCUACGCCGGCCCCUUCACUCCGCCGGAGCCGCUCAACGACAGCUGCUGGACCAAGAGCUUGGUGGACGAGGUCUUAGGCUUGCUCAGCGGGCACACCAUGGCUCCGCUGGACGCCGACAGGCAGGCACAGCCCUGCGACCGGAUGUCCCUGCACGCAGAGGCGACCUCCGCAGCCUGGGUGCCGCCCGUUGCCACGCAGCUCUUCAGCAAGGUCGAGACCUUCCUCCGGACGCGAGGGCGGACCCUGGAAGAGAACGAGGAGGGGCUCGCGGUGGUGGAGGCCUUCGAGGAGCUCAAGCCGCACUCCGGGCUGCUGAAGCUCUUGAGGAAGUACGGCUCGUGGCUGCAGGUGCUGUACAUCCUCCGCCUCUUCGCCCGGGCGAUCGUGGCUCUGGAGCGCCUGUGCGAGCUCUUCUACCUCCACGGGCCGGGGUCCUCCGGCAAGGACGUGCUCAUGCUGAUCUUGCUGCGCUUCCUGGGUUACGAGCCGCAGCAUUACGGGCUCCUCGUGAGCGGCCGCUACUUCGUGGCGGGGGCGAAGAGUGGCAAAGAAUCGGCCUCCCCCCAGUUAGACCAAAUGCGCGGGAAACGGUUUAUCUGGGGGUCAGAGGUGCCAGAGCACGAGGAUUUAGACACAGACUUUUUAAAAGCUCUGUGCGAACAAGGCGGGGCUCCGCUGACAGGGAGAGGCCUCUACAGGAAUCCCCGGAGCUUUCGCCCCAUGGGAGUCUUCUGCGCCACCAGCAACUUCCCGCCGAAGGUCAAGCAGAUCGACGAUGACGGCUGGGCCCGCCGAGCUCGCGAGUGGCAGACCGAAGCCCGCUUCGUGGCCAGGCCGACAAAGAUCACGGAGCACAAGGCCGACGACUCCCUGAAGAAGAAGAUCAACGACGGCUGCUUCCAUGCGGAGAUGAACUUCUUCGCCUUCGGCUUGUUCAAUUCUCUCUCCGAGGAGCUGAAUCCGGGCACGGAGCUCAUGCCGAAGCCCCCGCAGAUGGUGCUUCUGGAGGAGCAGAACCGGGAAAACGCCAAGACCGUCGACAAGUUCUUGCUCGAGCACUGCGAGAGGGUCGCCCAGUACAACCAAGGCUGUCCCUGGAGCGCCUUCGUGGAUGCGCUGAAGGCCUACCUGGACUGCGACCGAAAGGUGGCGAGGACCAGGCUCACCAGCGCCGGCAUCAAGAUGCACAAUGCCGGCACCAAGAACGUCCCCACCGACAACUACGGCAGCUGGAAGCUGAAGCAU